AUGGUGGAUAUGGAGCAGGCUGGCGCAAGCCACGUGAACGGCGCGGCGGACACAAAACCCAUGAUCGAUCCUUACGAAGCAGACCCAGACAAAAUUCCCGCCGACGACCCCUUUGUUUCUCGGAGCUCUCAGUAUGGUCGCUAUGCGCCGCGCGCCGACGACUUCACCCCUCGCUUCAUGAACUGGUACCACGCCGAUCCUGCGAUCAAUGGCUAUUGGGAGAAGGUCGCAACAGAGUACUGCACGCCGCAGCACUCAAUCAAUGUUGACGGGCCAAGAGAAGUUUUUGUUGCGGGCAGCAUCAUCAUUCGCGUGGACCGCGGACUGGCUGAAGGAACAGCGUUUGCGAAGUAUUCAUUUGCGAAUGCGAACGAGUUAUUGGCGUCGCAAAAGGCAGAAGACUCUCUGAGGGAUAUUGGGGUCACAGUUCCAGUGAUAUACUUCUGCGGGACAAUCGAAGGAAGAAAUGUGACAAUUGAGUCCCGGAUUGCGGGUGUCUCUCUGGAAGUCGCGUGGAAAUACUUAAACACAGAGCAGAUCGACUCUUUGAAAAACCAGUGUCGCCAGAUUGUUCAACGCCUCGAAAGCAUCGACAGCCCCGCCGACGAACCUACCUACGUAUCCCGUGGACUCAAUGCCCUCACGCCGCCUUCUGUCGAGACCAGCGAACGAGAUAUUCUAUUUGCAGACAAGAGCAAGGAGGAGGGGUUAUGCUUCACACACAAUGAUUUGGUUCAAAGCAACAUCAUUAUCCAGAACGGACGGGUGGUGGGAAUAGCUGGCUGGCGACAGUGUGGCUACUUUGGUAACACCAGAGCCGAGAAGGUCCAUCGUCUCCUACGAAACCUCGAACCGGUGUCGCAAGACGGCGUCGCCGGCUCUGGAGACUGGGCAGACCUGUAUGAUGGUGCCUAUGACCCCAGCAAAGGCCAGCCACUCGUCGCAAAUCAAGACACGCCCCUUCCGUCCGUGAAAACAGAACCAACAAUUUCAACACUCGACAAAUAUCCCAUCAACGAUGAUCUAGAGACAAAGUCAUGGAACACGGAUGGCCCCGAUGACGUCCCUACCUCACGAACAGUCGCCAACCUCAAGAACGGAGUAUCCUCGAGAGCAUCAUCAUCCGACAGAUUAUCCCCAGCAAAUUCAGUCAAGGCAGCCGGCAAAGGCUCCACCGGCAAGAAGGGUACUGCGAAGAAGCCUGCAGCCAAGAAGCGCAAGGUCAACGAUCCAGACGGAGAUAGCGUCGAUGCGCGUCGCUCCAACACGCCUAUAUCUCGCACCAGCAAAACUCCAGGGAAGAAACAAGACUCAAUUUCAAUCGCAGGCUCACCUGCGCCUGAACCCAAGAAGAGGCCACAAAAGAAGAAGAAAGGACCGAAACCAGCCAGAGCACAGGAAAACGAUGACUCUGAUAGCUUUGAUGAAAAUGCAGUCUUCUGUAUCUGUCGUCGGCCGGAUAACCAUACCUGGAUGAUCGGAUGUGACGCCGACUGCGAUGAUUGGUACCAUGGGAAAUGUGUCGAUAUCGAUCCUCGCGACGCCGAGUUGAUCGAUCGCUAUAUAUGUCCCAAUUGUGCCAGCGUGGGUAAGGGAUGCACAACAUGGAAGCCAAUGUGUCGCUUGGUAGAGUGCCGAAAGCCCGCACGCGCUAAAGGCAAGAACCUCAGCAAAUAUUGUUGCGAUGAUCACGGUCGCGAGUUCAUGCGUCAAAAUAUCCAACAGCUCAAACAACGAGCUAAUCAAGCGAAUGGGCUUUUCGAGGAUCUGGGUAGUAUGGGUGGCAUCCUGACUGCCGGAGACCUGAAAGCUGCUAUUAUCGGUGUGGCUUCCACCAAAGAAUUCCGAACGCUUGGAGAUCGUAUCGUUUCUCCACCACCCGAAGCAGAUGACAAAAAGGUGCUUAUAACAGAUUCCAAGACCGGAUCGAAGCAAUCGACUGGCAGGUGGUUGGGAGCUGAUAUUUAUUCCGGUGUCGCCGAUUACUCUCCCGAUGAGAUCGCGGAAUUCGAGAAACUGCGCACACAGAGAGACGCGCUCGUGCACCGCAAGGAAAUGCUCGCAGCCCGCUCCACAUUCGUGUCACUUCUCAAACCACGAGCCAAAGGCAUCGUGGAGAAAUUGAAACAACACGAACCUAAAGGCGGGUGGAAAGAUAUCUGCGGAUUUGAUUCACGGCUUUCUUGGUCAGAUGAGGAGUUUGACGAGUGGCGGCUUUCAGAGGCUGGUAAGAAAGGUCUCGCUGAGGGCACAGUUGAGGCCUUGGCCACCAGCACUCAGUCCACUACAGAUGCCGAUGGUGACACCUCAAUGAACGGCGAUGGCGAGGACGACAUCACGCUCUGGACGAGUGGUGUAUGCACCAAGAAACGGUGCGAGAGGCACAAGCAAUGGGUCAAAGUGCAACAGCAAGAUAUUCUCUUUGAGGAAGAAACGGCAGAGCAGGACCUCGCCAAGUGUGAGGAGAAGGCUCGAUCCGUGGUUGAGCGAGGUGUAAUGAGACAAUGGGCCGAGAGAGAUAACAGCAUGCAAGUUUAA